AUGGAUAUUGUGAUGAGCACAAAUCCUGGUAGCUAUUUGCGUCUUGACUAUAACCAUCAAAGUGGACGGUUCAAAAGGUUUUUUGUUGCAUUUAAUGCUUCCAUUCAAGGGUUUAGGCAUUGGUGUCCUCUAUUGUUUACCGAUGGAACUUUUCUGAAGGGGAAAUAUAAGGGCACCUUGUUAACAGCUACAGCGAAGGAUGGGGAUCAAGGUUUUUUCUCUCUUGCAAUGGCAAUUGUCGAUACGGAGACUACAGACAGUUGGGAAUGGUUUUUUAUGCAUUUGUCGAAUAUAUUGUUGGAUGAAAGACCAAUUACCUUCAUAUCUGAUCGGAACACAGGACUUUUGGAGGCUUUACCCAAGGUUUUACCUACUGCUUACCACUAUUUUUGUCUCCAACACUUAAAGGCCAAUUUGAGGGAUAGGUUCUCCGGUCUAAGUUUCAGCAAUACUUUCAGAAGACAAAAAUACGAUGAAAUGCACUCGAAUGUGGUAGAGUCUUUUAAUUCAUGGAUCCGUCAAGCUCGUCAUUUGCCCACUACGAAGAUGAUUGAUUCAAUUAGGUUGAAGAUCAUGGAUUUGAUGUCGAGAAUGAGAGAACAAGCUAAGAAAUUGAAUACUUUUCUUUGUCCAGAGAUGGAUUCAACAUUAGUAAAUGCUCAUAAAAGUGGAAGAACUUGGUUGGUUUGUCGUUCAAGUGAUCAUGUUUUUGAGGUUCAAUCCCGGCCAUCGGUUAGCGUUGACCUCUUGAAUAGAACUUGCUCAUGUUACCAAUGGCAAUUGAAUGGAUUUCUUUGUGCUCACGCGGAAACCGCUAUCCAAAAGAGCGGAGGUGAUUUGUAUGCACAUGUGAAACCAUUUUAUUACACUAGCAAGUUCAAAGAAUGCAAUGCUGAGCCCGUUUAUCCAAUACCCACUGUUGAGAAACCUCUUGUAACUAUUAAUUAUCUUGUUGUCCUUCCUCCAAUUUAUAAAAAAGCCACCUGGGAGGCCAAGGAAGAAUAG